AUGGCAAGAAAAAGAAAAGCAUGUGAUCAAUUAUUGUAUGCAGAUCAACAAAUUCAUGAGAACAUCAUCUAUGAUGAAGCUGCAGGUAGCUUGAUCAACUGGGAAGAGAUGGCCAUGAAGGAAGCCAGGGAGGCCAUAGGCGGAGUGGCCCGCCGGUCAAGAAAGAGGUUCGUUGGAGUCAGGCAACGACCCUCUGGAAGAUGGGUGGCAGAGAUUAAGGACACUAUCCAGAAAGUUAGAGUCUGGUUAGGCACUUUCGAUACUGCUGAAGAAGCAGCCAGAGCCUAUGAUGAGGCUGCAUGUUUGCUUAGAGGAGCCAAUACUCGAACCAAUUUCUGGCCUCCUUCUACAUCUCAUUCAUCAGUACCUGCAGCAGCUCUCCCUUCAAGAAUCGCGAGUCUCGUCCUCCAUAGACUAAGAGCAAGAAACGAUGUACCGAACACACCUUCCCAAUCUUCUAAUUCUCAACUUAAUAAUCAAAACGAAACAGUCAACCAACUAUCUGACUUCCAAUUGGAAGAUUUCCUUAAUUACCCUGAAGAUAACUCUCCGGACUGUCAAGAUUACAACGACAUGAUUGAUGAUUAUGUGGCUGCAAAUAAUUCUGAUGAUCAGAAACAGAUCUCCAAUAAUCUUGGAAGGGAGAUUGAAAUAGAAGAUGAAGAAGAAAUUGGAAAAAUGGACUUCCAAUUUGUGGACAAAAUUGAAUCGUCAUUCUUCCAUUCUCCUUUUGAGAUAGCAGAGGAGAUGUCAUCUCAGGUUUGUGAAGGCGGUGUUGAGGAGACAAUGAUGCUUGAAGACGCAAUGAAGAGAAUGAAGUAUGAGAGGAAGUUUUCGGCGUCUUUAUAUGCAUUCAAUGGGAUAACCGAAUGCCUCAAGUUUAAGGGAAAUAAUACUUCCGACAACUUAACUGGCCUCUGGAAAGCAUGCAAAAAGAAAAACGGGAGAGAAAGUAUCGUAGGAAGUUCCGAAGCUGGUAAUGGUCAUGAAACUUCUGAGAGUGAAUUGUCAUCACUUUUGAGCUCACUUGAUUUGCCUCCAAUCUAUUAUGUAUAACAACAUAUCAUUCAUUUGUGGUUUGAGAUAUAACACUCUAAAAUGAAAUUCCAACUUCCAAAGUCAAGUUUGAGAUAUAAUAAUAAUAAUAAUAAUAACAUUCUC